AUGGCGUCUGUCGACGAUCUUGUGAUUGGGCUAUCUUCUAACCUGGCGAUCUCAGAAUCUGAGGCUUUUGAGGUCGUUGGGGUAGAAGAAUUAGCAAAGUUGAAGACGGAGAGGUUUUUGAUGGUGGGGAGGCUAUUGACAACAAAAGUUUUUCAUAAAGAGGCACUGAUUGGAAUGAUGAAGAAAAUAUGGCAUACUCGGCAGAAGUUUUCUACUGUGCCGUUGGAAGAUCCUACGAGCUUAUUGUUCUCUUUCAAAUCUAACUUUGACAGAAAGAAAGUGAUGAAGAGGUCACCAUGGACAUUCGAUAGGGCGCUGUUAUUGUUGGCAGAGAUUGAUGGAAGCGUGGACCCUGUGUCGGUCCCUUUGGAUACUCAGAAUUUCUGGGUGCGAGUCCGACGUAUUACUCCUAUUUUCUUAACGCUGGCGAUAGGGGAACAAAUUGGGAAGUAUCUUGGGAAUUUUGUCAUGGUGGAUCGAGGUUUGAAUGGGGACUGCCUGGGGAGGUUUUUACGUAUCAGAGUGGGACUUAAUGUUACUGAGCCUUUGAAACGGUGUGUUACACUCAGACUUGCGCUGGAUGAAUCGGCCAAACAAUAUGAGAUAGAGUACGAGAGGAUUCCCUUUUUCUGUCUUUUUUGUGGCACACUUAAUCAUGUGGGAUCCUUCUGCAAUCUAAAACAAUUAGGGGCCAUCGUGUAUGAACAGUAUGGAAGAAGGAAAACAGUUAUGAAGGAGGUCUACUGUAUUAAGGCGGAAGAACGGUCUAAUUGGGAAAAGUUCUGGGUUGAUGGAUGCUGUUCCAGAGCUCGGUGA